AUGUAUACUCUGAUAAAGGGAGUGUGUACUCUGAUAAAUGAUGGUGAAGUUUUUGGCUCACUUGAGAAUAAGGAUGUCCACCAGGUGUCUCUAGAGUAUCUUGUCAAAUAUCUGAACAUUGGAAACCAACCGUUGAUUCUAAACAUCAAUACACAAGGUCUGAACUGUAAGGUGAUAACAAGUUAUUUGUGGAAGAAACCAAAACCUACAAUAUUCCUUUAUAUUUUUAUACGCUGGGACUCAGUUUACACAAGCAAGACUGGAAUGAGCGAUGAUUGUGAUGAAUUCCCACAAAUGUUAGAAGGUUUCAGAGUGUCUGGUUAUACUCCUUACACGCUCAAACUCAACCAAACCAAAACUCUCACUCAACAAGAGCUGAUGGAAGACGACAUCAAGUAUGUACUCUGGAAAGCGGAAUCAGCAAAAAAUCUUUGAUUAUUAAUUGCAAAAAUAUAAUUUAAUAAUCAUU